ACUUCAUCCUCUGACGUGUCAAGAUGCGUGCCGUUUUUUUGCUGUUGUGGUGCAUGUAUUCAGGUACUUAUAUACACACGUCAACAAUCAACCAGACGCCCGGACUAGUGAUGGUGAAGACUGGUGUGAAUGUGACCUUGGAAUGUCAUCUAAAGGAACUUAUCACCUACUGUCACUCAGUGACUUGGCUAAAAAUAGACCCCAGGACUGCCACAUUGUCAGAGAGUAACAUUUACAGUGAUCAAAUCUCUGACAAAACCAGCAAACCAGACCAAAAAUGUUCUGCGACUAUCACCAACGCAACAGCAAGAGACUCUGGCAUGUAUUACUGUUCAGCAGUUUACUCCAACAUGGUUCACACUGGCAAUGGUUCGAGGAUUAUUAUUGUGACAGAGAAAGAGACACCAGGGAACAUCACCGAAUCCACCACCAUCAAAAUCUUCUCAUCACCAGACAGUGAUGGCUCCUCAGUCCCUCUCAUGUGUCUGGUGUCAGGAUUGGUCCCGUCUCAGGUCCGUGUGUACUGGCUCAUAAAUGGGAGAGAGGAGAGUGGACUAACUGAGUCGGCCAGGACAGACAACAGUGAUCAAGCAACAGAGUUCACUAGGAACCAGAUUCUGGUCCAGGCAGAGGAGUGGGACAGAGGAGCAGAGUGCACAUGUGUGGUGGAGUUUGAAGGGCAGAAUAUCACCAAAACUGUACAAAGACUAGACUUUGGCGUGCUAUGUUACAUCACAGUGUGGAUGUACAGACUCCUGGGAAUAACUGCCUGGCUCCUGCUGUUGAUCCUGUCUGUCCUUGUGGCAUCAUACAUUGGCAAAAAGAGAGGUUUUCGGCAGAAUAAUACAUCUAAGAACAAAGGGACCAAGAAAUAAUUCAUCAUGAAAAGGAAAUGGUUUGAUAGUUUCUCAUUUGUACAAACGUAUUAUGUUAGCAGUGACAUGUGACAACUCAGACAUUAGUAUUUCUACUUUUGGUUGAUUGCUUAACAACAGCAAACCAUUUGAAAAAGACUAUCAAUUUCAAGUUGCAGAUUUUUACAAUAGAAGUGGUAUAAAUCGUAUCUACUUUUAUUGCACACUAAAAUGCUAUUUUAUGCUUAUUCCAAAGAUGAAGAAUUCCAUUAGGAUACAUUUUGCUAGGCUUGACUUGGGUACGUGUAGUACAGCUCUAGAAUGGAAAUGGCAAUGUUUAUAAAAUACAACACAAUAUUUACAUUAUUUAUGCUAAUGUACUGCUGUUACUGGCUUGUUGCUUAUUUCCUAAAAUAAUGAAACAUAACUUGAAAUCCAAACAAUAUAUGUUUUAUACAACAUUGUAAAGAGAUACAUAGAUGCAAUUCCUGUGACCUCAAAUAUAAAAGUCAAACUUUGGAGGAAAAUGUUGUGCAGCAGUGUUUAAUUUAGAUACUUGAGUGAACAGUUUAAAUGCCAUUGUUAGAUAAAUAAUGGACAACAGCAUUAUAGUUAAAAAAUAAGUGAUAUACCAGAAAUUUGGUAUGUAAAUCCUUGGGUUGCUAACUUAAAAAAAAUAAUUGUCAGUAUAACAAAGGCUUCAUCCUUCUUCCUGCCCUCCAUCCAUCCAUCAU